AUGGAAAAUAAAUUGUGUGAGGAUAAAGUUGAAUUUAAAACCCCAUCUAAAACGAUUGAUUCUCUAGGGAAUAUAAAGAAAGGAGCAGGUAAAAAAUCAUACCAGUGUGAUGUCUGUGAGAAGCCUUAUCAUUGCAACACUUGUGGUAAAUCAUUCUGUCAACCUGACCGCUUAACUGCACACAAACGUAUUCAUACAGGAGAGAAGCCAUAUCAUUGUGAUAUUUGUGGUAAAUCAUUCUCUAGACAAAGUGAUUUAACUAAACACAAUCGCAUUCAUACAGGAGAAAAGCUGUAUCAUUGUGACAUCUGUGGUAAUUCAUUCUCUCAGAGACAUGUCUUAGUCACUCACAAGUAUAUUCAUACAGGUGAGAAGCCAUACCAGUGUAAUAUCUGUGGUAAUUCAUUCUCCCGAAGUCAUCGCUUGACGGAACACAUACGUAUUCAUACAGGUGAGAAACCAUAUCACUGUGUUACCUGUGGUAAAUCAUUCUCACAAAAUGGUGACUUGACUAAACACAGCCGUAUUCAUACAGGAGAAAAGCCAUAUCGUUGUGAUAUCUGUGGUAAAUCAUUCACUCAUAAAGAAAGCUUGACCACACACAGCCGUAUUCAUACGGGAGAAAAGCCGUAUCACUGUGAUAUCUGUAGUAAAUCAUUCUCUUAUAAAACUAGCUUCAAUACACACAAAUGUUUUCAUACAGAAAAUAAAUCAUUCUCUCGGAAUGACCUCUUAACUAAACACAAACACAUUCACACUGGAGAAAAACCUUAUCAGUGUGAUAUCUGUAGUAAAUCAUUCUCUCGAAAGGAGUACUUAAACAAACACAAAUACAUUCAUACAAGAAAGAUAUCAUAUCACUGUGAUAUCUGUGACAAAUCAUUCUCUGAAAAUCAUAUCUUCAUGAAACACAAGCAUAUUCAUCCAGAGAGUAGAGUAUAUCAUUGUGAUACCUUUGAUAAAUCAUUCUCUCAAAAUGAUGAUUUGACUGCACACAAGCCAAUUCAUACUAAGGAGAAACCUUAUCAGUGUGUUAUCUGUGGUCAUUCAUUUUGUGAUGGAAGUACUUUAACUAAACACAAACGUACUCACACUGGAGAGAAGCCAUUUCAUUGUGUUAUCUGUGGUCGGUCAUUCUCCGAAGGAAGUAGUUUGACUAAACACAAGCGUAUUCAUACAGGAGAGAAACCUUAUGAGUGUGAUGUCUGUGAUAAAUCAUUCUCUCAAAAUGAAGGCUUAACUGCACAUAAGCGCAUUCAUACAGGAGAGAGACCCUAUCAGUGUGUUAUCUGUGGUCAGUCGUUCUCUGAAGGAAGUACCUUAACAAAACACAAACGUAUUCACACAGGAGAGAAACCUUAUCAUUGUGGUAUCUGUGGUAAGUCAUUUUCGCAUUCCGAUCAUUUGUCUAAACAUAAGCGCAUUCACACAGGAGAAAAACCUUAUCAGUGUGAUAUCUGUAGUAAAUCAUUCUCUCGAAAGGACCAUUUAAAUAGACACAAAUACAUUCAUACAAAAGAGAAGUCCUAUCACUGUGAUAUCUGUGAUAAAUCAUUCUCUAAAAAUCACGUCUUCAUGAAACACAAACAUUCAUCCGGGGAAUAAAAUAUAUCACUGUAAUACCUGUGAUAAACCAUUCUCUCAUAAUGAUGAUUUGACUACACACACGUGCAUUCGUACUAA